AGUUGUCCUCAGUUCGGCCGCCAGGUACUCGAUGUCCCAGGCGCCUGGCCUCUAUAGCCCGCCGCCCCUCCCUUGGCGCUUGGCUCUCGACGGCGUCCGGGGCGUGGCCGUUCCCUCGAGAGCCCUGUCCCUGAGCGGACCCACCCACCUCUGAGAGAUAUGUCUUUGCAAAACACCACUCUUUCCAGAGAGGGAAACACAGAGGCAGAGAUUAUGGCUGCUGUGUUUUUUUCAAUUGGACCUCUGAGCCCUGAAGUUACCCAGCCAGAUGAAGAUCUUCACCUUCAGGCAGAAGAAACAGAAUUGGUAAAGGAAUCAGUGACAUUUAAGGAUGUGGCUAUAGACUUCACAUUGGAGGAGUGGAGGUUGAUGGACCCUAUACAGAGGAACCUGCAUAAGGAUGUAAUGCUUGAGAAUUACAGGAAUCUGGUCUUUGUGGGGCUUGCAGUUUCUAAACCAGACAUGAUAUCUCAUUUGGAGAAUGGGAAAGGACCAUGGGUGACGGUGAGAGAAAUUUCAAGAAUGCCCUAUCCUGACCUGGAGACCAAACCUGCAACCAAGAAUGCUACACGGACAAAGGAUAUUUCUGAAGAUUUAUCACAGCAGGCCAUAGUAGAGAAACAUACAGAGAAUGGUCUAUGGGAUUCCAGAAUAGAAGGGUUAUGGAAAUGGAAUGAUAGGAUAUUGAGAUUCCAAAAUAAUCAGGAGAAUCAUUUGAGUCAAAGAAUAAUUACACUCAAGAAGACUCCCUCUAGUCAAAGAGGGUUUAGAUUUGAAUCUAUUCUUAUUCCAGAACCAGAUGUUCCCACAGAAGAGGUUCAUAGCAGAUACCAAACACAAGAGGAAAAUUUCACAGAAAAUAUAGAUUUGAUUACAGACACCCAUUUGGGAAAGAUAAUUUGCAAGGAAUUGAAAGGCAGCAAAGCCAUAAAGCAGACUUCAGAACUUACUUUGGGGAAAAAAUCCAAUAAUAAGGAAAAACCCUACAAAUGCAGUACAUGUGAAAAGGCCUUUCGUUAUAGGUCAUUGCUUAUUCAGCAUCAAAGAACUCACACUAAAGAAAAACCUUAUGAAUGUAAUGAAUGUGGGAAAACAUUCAGCCAGCCUUCAUAUCUCAGUCAGCACAAAAAAAUUCACACUGGAGAAAAACCCUAUAAAUGUAAUGAAUGUGGAAAGGCCUUCAUUGCUUCUUCAUCGCUUAUGGUACAUCAGAGAAUUCACACUAAAGAGAAACCUUAUCAGUGUAAUGUGUGUGGGAAAUCUUUUAGCCAGUGUGCCCGUCUUAAUCAGCACCAGAGAAUUCAAACUGGUGAGAAACCUUAUAAAUGUAGUGAAUGUGGGAAAGCUUUUAGUGAUAAAUCAAAACUUGCAAGACAUCAAGAAACUCACAAUGGUGAGAAACCCUACAAAUGUGAUAAUUGUGGGAAAGCCUUUAGGAAUAAGUCGUAUCUUAGUGUACAUCAGAAGACCCAUACUGAAGAGAAACCAUAUCAGUGCAAUGAGUGUGGGAAGUCUUUUAAGAAUACCACAAUUUUUAAUGUGCAUCAGAGGAUUCAUACUGGAGAGAAACCUUUUAGAUGUAAUGAAUGUGGAAAAGCCUAUAGAAGUAAUUCAAGCCUUAUCGUACAUAUUAGAACCCACACUGGGGAAAAACCCUAUGAAUGUAAUGAAUGUGGGAAAGCAUUCAACCGCAUUGCAAAUUUCACAGAACAUCAGCGGAUUCACACAGGAGAAAAACCGUAUAAAUGUAAUGAAUGUGGGAAGGCAUUCAUUAAUUAUUCAUGCCUUACUGUACACCACAGAAUGCAUACAGGAGAGAAACCUUAUAAAUGUAAUGAAUGUGGAAAGGCCUUCAUGCGUUCUUCUUCUCUAAUUAUACAUCAGCGUAUUCAUACUGAAGAGAAACCAUAUCUGUGCAAUGAAUGUGGGGAGUCUUUCAGAAUAAAAUCACACUUAACUGUACAUCAGAGAAUUCACACUGGAGAGAAACCAUAUAAAUGUACUGACUGCGAGAGGGCCUUCACCAAAAUGGUAAAUCUCAAGGAGCAUCAGAAAAUUCAUACUGGAGUGAAACCCUAUAAAUGUUAUGACUGUGGAAAGUCUUUUAGGACUAAAUCAUACCUUAUUGUACAUCAAAGGACACAUACUGGAGAAAAACCAUAUAAAUGUAAUGAAUGUGAGAAAGCCUUCACUAAUACAUCACAGCUUACUGUGCACCAACGAAGGCAUACUGGAGAGAAGCCCUAUAAAUGUAAUGAAUGUGGAAAGGUUUUCACGAGUAACUCAGGCUUUAAUACACAUCAAAGAACACAUACUGGAGAGAAACCAUUUAAAUGUAACAACUGCGGGAAAGCAUUUAGCCAGAUGGUACAUGUCACAGAACAUCAGAAAAUCCACAGUGGAGAGAAGCCCUAUAAGUGUGAUGUCUGUGGAAAAGCCUUCAGGAGAGGUUCUUACCUUACAGUGCAUUGGAGAACACACACUGGAGAAAAACCCUACACCUGUAAGGAAUGUGGAAAGGGUUGCAUUACUGUAUCACAGCUAACCCUACAUCAGAGAAUUCAUACAGGGGAGAGGCCCUAUAAAUGUGAAGAAUGUGGAAAAGCCUUCAGAACUAACUCAGACUUUACUGUACACUUGAGGAUGCAUACUGGAGAAAAACCCUAUAAAUGUAAUGAAUGUGGAAAAGCCUUCAGGAGUAGUUCAAGCCUUACUGUACAUCAAAAAAUACAUCAGAGAGAAACUCAGUCAAUAUGAAGAUGAUUCAUCCAGAUGUCAACUCCAGAAGAUGAAUCUUAUAAACUAUGUAUUAUGAAUAUAGGAAAAUCUUCAUUAGGAAUUCAUCAGAAAGUAUACAGAGAAGCUCUAUAAACAAUUAUGUAGGAAAUAAUUUAAUAAUAUUAAAUUGUAGAAGUUAUAAGAAAACUAUUACUAGAGGAAAAUAAUGAACAAAUGAAAGCUUUCAUCCAGAUUUCAUACUUUACUCGUUUAACAAAUUAUCUUCAGUUAAUUGUCUAUAUAUGUAUUUGCCUGUUUUUCUAUUCAUUUAUCUGUCUUUUCUUAUAAACUUGGAGGAACUUUUUAAUAUAUUUUAGGUAUUAAUUCUUUGUCAUUAUGUACCAUGUUUUUCUUAAUCUAGCAUUUGUCUUUAUACUUUUUAGUAAUGGCACAAUAUUUUUUAAAGAAAAUAUUUAUAUAAUUUUCUUUUUAGAUUUUUUAUUUACUCAUUUUACUUAAAACAGAUCUCCUUAAUGUCUAGGUUAUGCGUAGCAUCCUAAAUUUCUUUUUAAGAUUUUGAUGAUUUUAUUUUUUACAUUUAAGUCUUUAAUCCCCCGGACUGGAUGGUUCUUCAUAGGAGAGCAACUCUAAGUGAUAAUUAACCCAUGAAAAGAUUUGAACCUAAAAAGUACUCAGGGAAAUGAAAAUUGAAAUGACCAGUGAAAUGAAACUUCCCCUUCAUGGAUUUGCUAAAUGUUAAGAGAUCUUUUGCUGUUGGGGUUUGGGAAACCAUGUAUCAUUUAAAGGUUAUAUAACGUAUUUCCACCGUCAGUCCAACAAUAUACAUUUAAAAGUUUAAAACAUAUAUACUCUUAGACCCAGCAGUCUCACUUUUGGAAUCUGUCCCAUAGAAACAAAAGCAGCAUCAAUGCUUAAGAAUAUAAAUAAACAUGUUUGUUGAAGUAUUGUUUGUAGAAGGGGCAAAGCCCCAACUGCAAACAAAGUGAAUGCCCAUUAAUAUGGGAAAUGGUUAGAUAAAUUGUGACAUAUCCAUAUUAUGAAACAGUGUGAGAGUAAUUUUUUAAAUGAAUUAUAUACUAGCUUAUUUCAAUGUAUUUCCACAAUGUAUGGUAAAUAAUUGCUUUAUAACAAAUGUAUUUCAGUAUAUAUAUAUAUAUAUAUAUAUAUAUAUAUAUACUGUAUUUCAUUUUUGUUAAAAUAAUCAUACUCAUUUAUUUUGUAUUUAUGUAUGUGUGUGAUUAGAUGUACAUGGAGACAGGUAUGGAAGAAUAUACACCAGGCUGUUAAUAUUGAUUACCUUGAGGGGAGAGAGCAAAGGAGAAGUAGAGUUGAGGGGAGAGUAUAAAAACAGAAAAUUGUAAAUGCUGCACAUAUGUUCUAAAACUGUGUAUGUAAUAUUUUGUAUUUAUGUGAACAUUUGAGAGAUGAAUGAAAGCAUGUUCUCCAAAAAAUUAAUGAUGGUUAUUUCUGUUUUAGUGAAGUGUCAGGUAUUUUUUGUUUGUUUUUUACUUUCUUUUCUGUGUUUUUAAGUUAAAUUUUUCUUUGCAAUGAACAUACAAUAUUUAUAUAAAAAGGAAAAAUCUUUUUAUUGUGUACUUUAUUUGUUGGGCACCUUCAAUGUGCAGGACCUACCCUCAGUACUGGAUAUGCAGUGAGGGGGAGAGGUGCUCAUGGAUCUGAGAGCAUGGAAAUUGGUUCUUAUGUUACCCAAAUUCCAAAAAAAAGUUACUUAGCACCUUAUUCCCACCACUGACUUUUAUUUGUAGGAGGUGAUAGAAAUUCCAGAUAGAUGAAAAAUAUGCCCAAGAAUAUCUGAAACUUGUACCCAGAAAGUAGACCAGAAGAUCACAAGCCUCAGAAUUUCCACUUUCAACAUGCCAUCAAAGAAAAGGUCACAGUGGCAACAAUGGGUGACUUUAUGGAUCUAUGUAAAGUCUCUCAACUUUGCAUAAUGAAGCAUAGAAAGAGAAAAUAGCCAAUAACUCCCAAGUCUAUAAAUGAGGGCUUGGAAGUUCUGGGAACACUAUGAAAUACUUCUGCUAGGAAGGGCCUAGAGUAACGGUGGGAACCCAGAGGCUGUGGCCCGGAUACCAGAAGGCCCUAACACACCAAAGACCUGACAUCCAAAAGAACAAGGCAUGAUGAGUUAACACUUCAGGGAGGCUAAGAAAAGAAGAGCAAAUACCCAUUUCACGAUGCCAGGGUAAAUAUAUAUUUAACAUUGGGAAGGAAGUAGAGGAUGAAUGAUGUGAAUUAUCUUCCAUCAUAAAUGAACAACUUGACAUUCAGGUUAGAAUGACCAUUUUUGAUUGAAGUUUAAUAGUGAAACUUAUUAACUGUUACUAAGAGACUAAUCCUCAUUGAAGAUAGUUAAUGUACCACUUUCUGACUGAAAGGUUGGAGAGUCAGACCUUUAAGAAGCCUUGCUGUCACAGAGUUCAAUGUGGCAUAAUGUCAACAAUGUUGAUCCCUCCAUUCUGCCUCCAAUCCUCACUACAACUAAACCCUGCCUCCCAUUCCUGCGUUAGAGGCAAGCACUUCAAGAUGAGGAACAUGGUCAGCAGGUUCAAAUGAGAGAAGAAGUGAAAAGUGUCCAUUGAGUAAGGGCCUGGGGAUGACCCGCACCAACCUGACUAGAGUUUGAGUGGCACAGUGAGCUGGCAGGGUCUGGUUCUUGUGCAUGCCACUAUUCCAUUAUGGGUUUAAUUUGUGCUUCCUCAGUGGAUAAUACUGUUGAACACCUCUUUCUAUAUGUGUUGGCUUUUUAAAUAUCUUCUUUGAGAAGUACCUUUUCAAGACUUUUGCCAUUUUUUAAUCGGGAACUGCUUUUUGCUCACCUGUAGGAUCCUUUAUAUAUUCUGGGGACAAUUUUUUUUAGAUGUUUGUAUUACAAAUAUGUCAUCUGCAGUUACCUUUUCACUCUCUAAAUGAUGUCCUUUGAUGAAUAUAAGUUCUUAAUUUUGAUAAAGAAUAACUUUCCUUUAUGAUUAGUGCUUUUUUUCCAAGUUUAAGAAAUAUUUUCUUAACUCAAGGUCAUAAAGAUAUUUUUCUACAUUUUCUUCUACAUAUCUAUUUUAUGUGUAUGAUCCAUCUGAAAUUAAUAUUUGUGUAUGGCAUGGAGUAGAGUUUAAAGUAUUUUUCAUACAAAUAAGCAAUUUGUUCAACAUCAUUUAUUGAAAAAGCCAUCUUCCCUUUUUUUUUGUAUUGCAGUUAAACAUUAAUGAUAAAUCAGAUGAUCAUGCAUGUUAGGGUCUUUUGGACUAUUCUAUUUCCUUGUUCUAUAUGUUUAUUAUUGUACCAAUACCAAAUAUUUUAAAUGAAAACUGAUAGUAUAGUUGACCUUUGAACAAUUCAGGGGUUAGGGGAACUGACUCCUCACACUAUCAAGAAUCGUUGUAUAACUUUUGAGUUCAAAAACUUAACUACUAAUAACCUAUGUUUGACUAGGGGCCUUACCAAUAACAGUCAAUAAACACAUAUUUUGUAUAUGUAUUAUAUACUGUAUUCUUAAGUAAGCUAGAGAAAAAAUAAGAUUAAGAAAAUCAUAAGGAAGGGAAAAUAUAUUUACUGUUCACUAGGUAGAAGUGGAUCAUCAUCAAGAUCUUUAUCCUCAUCAUUACUUUGAGCAGGCUAAGGUGGAGGAAGAAGUGGAGGGGCUGGUCUCAGGUGGCAGAGGUAGAAGUAAACCCCUAUGUAAGUGGUCCCACACAGUUAAAACCUGUGCUCAAGGAUCAACUGUGUAUGUUUUCUAAUUUUGUUCUUGUUCAAAAUCGUCACUGCUAUUUUAGGUCCUUGGCAUUUUCAUAUACAUUGUUGAAUGAUUUUUUUUCAAUUACCCCAUACCAAAAAGCUAGGAUUUUGUUGGCAUGACAUCAAAAACAUAGGUUAAUUCUGGCAAAAUGAAUGUCUGAACAUGAAUAUUGAAACAUUCAAUCUAUGAGUAUUCCAAAUGUUUUUAUUUAUAUAGAUACAUUAAUUGCAACAUUUUGGGUUUUGUUGUUUUUGUUUGGCCUUGCUUUGUCACACAGGCUGGAGUACAGUGGUACAAUCUAAGCUCCUCUGGGGCUCAAGUGAUUCUCCUGCCUCAGCCUCCCAAGUAGGUGGGAUUACAGGUGUCUGCCACCACACCCACAUAAGUUUUUGUAUUUUUUUUUUAGCAGAGGUGGGGUUUCCCCACGUUGGCUAGGCUGGUCUUGAACUCCUGACUUCAAGUGAUCCACCUGCCUUACAAACCCCUGACCUCAAAAUUUCAGCAGUUUUUGUAUUUUUGCACUGUUUUGCAAUUUUUUCCAAUUAUAGAAGUUAUUGUAUUUUUUCAGUUGUAGAAGUUUUGUUAGAUUAGUACUAUGUAUUUGAUGUUUUGGAUGCUAUGAAUGCUAUAGCAUUAAAUGUUGAUUAUUACAACAUAGGUAUAUAGUAUAUGUCAUAUAUACAUAUAUAUGGAAUAGAUUUUUUUCAAUGAUAGAAGUUAUUGUAUUUUUUCAGUUGUAGUUUUGUUAGAUUAGUAUUAUGUGUUUGAUGGUUUUGAUGCUAUAAAUGUUGUAGCAUCAAAUGAUGUUGUUACAACGUAGGUAUACAGUAUAUCUCAUAUAUGUGUGUGUGUGUGUGUGUGUGUAUACACACAUAUAUAUGAAAUAGAUUUUUUUAAACCUGAUCUUAUAUGCAGUGACCUUGCUAAAUUCACUUAUUUAUAAUUGUUCAUUCUUUUUGACUUUCUAUAUACACAAUAUGUCAUCUGUAGUAAAGUCAGUUUUAUGUCAUUCUUUAUAAUCUUUAUACCAUUUUUUUCAUGCUUUAUUGCACUGGCUAGGACCUCCAGAAAUAGUAUUUGUAGACAUCCUUGCCUUUUUCCCAGAAUCUAAAGGAAAGCAAAACAGUCUACCAUUUGGUAUGACUUGAGGUGUAAAUUUUAGGUAGUCUCUAUCACUCAAAUUACUUUUCUGAGGUUUAUUUUCAGGAUGGGUGUUUAAUUUUAUCAAAUACAUUUUCUGCCACUAUUGAGAUUAUUAUAGUUUUUUAUUGUUUAUGUGGUUUGAUUUUAAACAUUUAAAAAAUUUGUCAUAAAAUGCACAUAUAAUUUAUCAUCCUAGCCAUUAUUAUGUGUACAGCCUAGUGGUAUUAAGUCAUAUUGUGCAACCAUCCAUCUCCAGAAUGUGUUUCAUCUUAGAAAGCUGAAACUGAAUCCCAUCACACAAUGACUCUCCAUUCCCCACUUCACCCCCUAAAUCUAUUCCAUAUGGAAUAUCCAUAUCCAUAUGGAAUGUAUAUGGAAUAGAUUUAGGAAACCACCAUCCUACUUUCUGUCACUAUGAAUUUGACUGCUCUAGAUACCUCAUAUAAGUAGAAUAAUAAAAUACUCGUCCUUUGGUAACUGGCUUAUUUCCCUUAGCCUAAUGUCCUCAAGGUUCAUCUAUACAAAUUGAUUUUUGAAUAUUAAAGCAAUUUGCAUUCAUGGAAUAGAUUUCAUUUGGUCAUUAUGGGUAAUAUUUUUAAUGUAGUAUUGAAUUAAAUUUGUCAAAAUUUUGUAUAGGAUUUUAUGUCUAUGUCCAUAUUAUCUUCUGUUUUUUUUCUUGUAAUAGCCCUGUUUGACUUUGUAUCAGAAUGACGGACUCAACAUGAGUUGAGAAUUCCCUUUAUUUUGUUUUUGGUUUUUCUGUCUGUUUUUGGUCCUCUGGAAGAGUGUAUGUAAGAUGUACAAGGUUGGUAUUAUUGGUAUUGGUAUUAUUUUGCCAUAAUUUUUUGUGUAAACAUUACCAGUGAAGCACCUGGGUCAGGAAUUUUCUUUGUUGAAAAUUUUUAACUGUAGAUUCAAUUAUUUGAUAGACAUAGGAUUAAUCAGAUUUUCUGUCUCUUGUAUACAUUUUGGUAAAUUAUUUAAAAAAUUAUGUCCAUAUAAUUUCACCAAAAUAUCUUAGUUACUGGCUUUAAAUAGUUUAUAAUAUCUGUUUGUUGUAUUUUUAAUAUCUUUAGGAUCUAAAGUGAUGUUCCCUUCUUCAGUCCUGGUGUUGAUAAUUUAUGUACUCUCUUUUUGUUUUCUUGAUUAGGUUUUCUCGAACUUAACGUUUAUUUUUUUUUAAAACCCAUCUAUAUUAACUAUUAUGCAGCUAACUUAUUUCAUGCUCCUAUAUUUUCCUCUAUGUAUUUUGUUUGGAUAUAAUUUACUGGGUUUUUUUCUAGCUUCUUGGAAUGAAAUCUUAGAUAAGCAAUUUUCAACAAUUCUUUUUUGCUAACAUUUGUAUUUAACACUAUACAUUUCUUUAAAGUACCUAUCUAUAGCUAUAUCAAACAGAUUUUUAAAACCUUUAUUGAGACAUCAAUUAUAUAUAACAAUUUGUACUCAGUUUAACUUUACAUUUGAUAAGUUUGGGCAAGAUUUAGGAAAUCUUGUUUAUAUAGCUACCACUACAAUCAAGAUAAACAAAAUUUUCAUCACUCUUAAAAUUUCCUGUAUUCUUUCCCAGACAAUGCUUCUCACCUCUGACUCCAAAAGCUAUAAAUCUACUUUUUGUCAAUAUAGAUUAGAAUUAUCUUUUCUAGACUUUCAUAUAAAUGGAAUUAUGCAGCAUA